AUGGGUGAUACAAAUCUAAUAGGACCUGAACUUGUUCUAGAGACUACUGAGAAGGUCAAAUUGAUCCGACAACAGUUAAAGACUGCCCAAGACCGUCAAAGAAAUUAUGUAGACAGGAAGAGAAGACCAUUGAUGUUUGAAGUAGGCAGCCAUGUGUUCUUAAAGUUAGCAGGGAUACACAACGUCUUCUAUGUAUCUAUGUUGAGAAAAUACAUCGCUGACCCAUCACACAUCCUCAAGUGGAAAGAAAUCAGUCUUGACAAAGAUGUUACAUUUAAAGAAGGACCGGUAGCAAUACAAGACAGUCGAGAGAAGAACCUUAGAGGCAAGACGGUUCACUUGGUGAAAGUGCUAUGGUGUCAUCGGGGAAUUGAGGAGUCUACUUGGGAACGCCAGGAUUGGGUGAAGGCAAACAACCCCGAGCUUUUCGAAAGCAAUAGGUAG